AUGCUCACAAAGCAGCAAUCCUCCUCAUCCCUACAAGAUAACAUAGAUGAGACCACAGAACGUGCAGAGGACACCUCUGAAGAUUUGAGAGUACUCAUGGAUUCAUGCAAGCCUAUCGAUCUGACUGACAAGAUAACAAUCAACAACUCGGCGGACGGUGUUCCGGGAGGUUUUGCGACUGUGUACAAAGGGCUGUUGAAUAAUAAAGAGGUUGCAGUCAAAGUGUCCAGGUUCAAAAGAAAACGGCCUAAACCCGCACCAUGGGAGCAUUCGCUCGAAAGGCGAAUCAAAAGAGAGAUUAAAGUAUGGGCAGCUGUAUCGCAUCCGAAUAUCCUACCUUUCCUGGGAUAUGCACGCGAGUUUGGAGACUUUCUCACAAUGGUGUCUCCGUGGUGCUCGCUAGGGGAUGCGAGUAGUUACCUUGACACCCAUAGAGAUAUACGCUUCGAUGAGCGGAUACAACUGUUACUCGACGUCUGCGAAGGGCUCGCGUACCUCCACAAACUCGGAGUGAUUCAUGGGGAUCUAAAACUGGAAAAUGUUCUCAUCAGUGACCAAAACCGGGCCCUAUUGGCAGAUUUUGGUCUUGUCCGACUGGCGAAUUGGGAAGGAGAAGCCGGUAUGACGACCACCUCUCCAUACAGAGCCACACCUCGUUAUACUGCACCUGAGCUCCUCAUCCUGGACCAAGAUCCUAAUCUGCGUGCGACUAUGAGUGGAGAUGUGUGGGCUGUGGGAUGUCUAGCUCUCGAGUUUCUAGUUGACUAUCAGCCAUACCAGCCAAUUCACAAAACAAACAAGCUUCAGGAGGCCAUGAACCGUGGACAGCUUCCGGCUGAACUCUCAGAUCUUCAGAAAUUGGACAGCUCGCUGGCAUCGAUGUUAUGGAGCUCUCUAUUCGUACACACCUGGCAGUUGGACCCUGCGAAACGGCCGAGUGUAGCUAGUAUUCAGGCGACCGUCAUAGUUCUAAGAGAUACGGCCAGACUUCAAGGUUGGUCAAAGUUGUCCUACAACGCUAUGGAAGGUCCUGUUGCAGAAGUAAGAAAUUACGAAAUGCUGUCAUUGACGGCACAGGGCGAUCACGCUGCCACAGUGCAGCCUCAACGUCAUGGCCUUCAGAUCCCUUCAUCGUUAUCAUCAUCACCAUCAUCUAUUACCGGAAAUGCAACAUCUUUGUCUGGAGCGACUGUAGAAGAGUCGGGCUCAUACAACACUUUGCCAGUGGUUAGCAAUACACUGAUCAGCUUCGACGGACCAUCAGCCUCAUCAACUUUCUCACAGUCAUCAUCAACACUAGUCACCAAUGGAAAUUCGACUCGGCCACCAGACUUGGCCUCUGAAACCCGCCGAGAGACACACGAGUGCGAUAGGAAAGCGGCUUCCAUCCAGUCGGAGACAGUCAAAGCCAAGCGAGCAUACGAACCGAAUAAACUCGAGCUUGAAUCACGAUCGACGAGCCGUGCACCAGCUUCGAGUCCCGGUGCCCACAAAGUUGGCCCGGUAUCCGGACAACAAGAGGGCAGUAAAAUGCUGGAUUCUCUCAUGGUCCCCGUGGUGCGGCUGUUUUCAAGUUUAAAGUCUAGUAUGCAGCGCUUCAUAUCAUAG